AGAAAAUCCAUUUCUGAAGAGAUUGCCAAUUUUUGUUGAGCAGAAGGAGGAAGUUUUGCCUCUGAAGCUUUGACAUUGUUAAACACUGACAAAACUGGAGGCUGGCAUUGAAGGGACUUGUGCUUGAAACGACUUUCCUCUCCUGAAGAAGAAACUUUUGGGAGAAGGGAACCUGGAAAAUGACAGGAGUGAAGAGAAAAAAGAAUAGUGUGGUAUGGAGGAAGAUAAAUUCCUUCCACUGUGCAGACAUUAAACAGUGGUGUUUAAGGCGGCUGCCAAUUCUGGAAUGGGCACCAUGCUACAACCUGAAGGAAAAUUUGAUUCCGGAUACGGUGUCGGGGAUAAUGCUGGCAGUCCAGCAGGUGACACAAGGGUUGGCCUUUGCUAUUCUCUCUUCUGUCCACCCGGUGUUUGGUUUAUAUGGCUCUCUGUUUCCAGCCAUUAUUUAUGCCAUCUUUGGAAUGGGGCGCCAUGUUGCAACAGGGACCUUUGCUUUGACAUCUUUAAUAUCUGCCAAUGCUGUCGAGCGUCUAGUUCCUCAGACCAGCCAGAACUUCACUACAUAUAACAACUCAGGUGUUCUGGGCUUAUCUGAUUUUGAGAUGCAAAGGAUUGGAGUUGCUGCAGCCGUUUCAUUCUUGGGAGGAAUCAUUCAAGUCGCCAUGUUUGUGCUUCACCUGGGCAGUGCCACUUUCUUGCUAACAGAGCCCGUGAUCAGUGCAAUGACAACUGGAGCUGCCACCCAUGUUGUGACCUCACAAGUCAAGUAUCUCCUUGGAAUGAAAAUGCCUUAUAUCUCAGGACCAUUGGGAUUCUUUUAUAUCUAUGCCUACGUCUUUGAAAACAUCAAGUCGGUUCAAUUAGAGGCACUGCUGCUGUCCUUGCUGAGCAUCGUGGUGCUUGUUCUCGUUAAAGAGCUCAAUGAACAGUUUAAAAGGAAAAUUAAAGUUGUCCUUCCUGUCGAUUUAGUUUUGAUUAUUGCUGCAUCAUUUGCUUGCUAUUGUGUCAACAUGGAAUACACCUAUGGAUUGGAUGUUGUGGGACAUAUUCCAGAUGGAAUUCCUUCACCCAGGGCACCUCCAAUGAAUAUUCUUUCAGAAGUUGUCACUGAAGCAUUUGGAGUUGCACUAGUUGGCUAUGUAGCCUCAUUAGCCCUUGCCCAAGGUUCUGCCAAAAAAUUCAAAUAUUCAGUUGAUGACAACCAGGAGUUUUUGGCUCAUGGCCUCAGCAAUGUCAUUCCUUCCUUUUUCUUUUGUAUACCGAGUGCUGCAGCAAUGGGGAGAACAGCAGGCCUCUAUAGCACUGGAUCAAAGACACAGGUGGCUUGCCUAAUAUCUUGUAUUUUGGUCCUGAUCAUCAUCUAUGCAGUAGGACCAUUGCUUUACUGGUUGCCCAUGUGUGUUCUUGCAAGUAUCAUUGUUGUGGGACUGAAAGGGAUGCUAAUACAGUUUCGGGAUUUAAAAAAAUAUUGGAAUGUGGAUAAAAUAGAUUGGAGCAUAUGGGUCAGUACCUACAUAUUUACAAUAUGUUUCGCGGCUAAUGUGGGGCUGCUCUUUGGUGUUGUCUGCACCAUAGCUGUUGUGAUUGUGCGUUUCCCAAGAGCCAAGACACUGAGUCUGACAAAUAUGAAAGAAUUGGAAAAUAAAGUGAAGACAGAAGUUGAGGGUGAAAAUUUACAACAGGUGAAAAUUAUCUCAAUAAACAAUCCACUUGUUUUCCUGAAUGCUAAGAAGUUUCAUGCUGAUUUAAUGAAUGCAAUCCAGAAGGAUAAUGCCAAUAACCAGCCACCUGAUGAUAUCAACAAGUGUGAACAAAACAUGUUGCUCAAUUCAACAUCCAAUGGUACCUGCAAUGGGGAAACAUCACAGCCAUAUCCUAAUGAAAAAUGUUCCGUAAUACUGGAUUGCACUGGAUUGACCUUCUUUGACUAUACUGGAGUGUCUACACUUGUUCAGGCUUACACGGAUUGCAAAGGCCAAAAUGUUGACUUCUUAUUAGCAAAUUGCACAGCUUCCUUGAAAAAAGCAGUGCAAUAUUGUGGACACCUAGAGUCAGAUAAACACAUUUUCUUUGAAUCAGUAUCUGCUGCAGUUGGUGCCAUUCACUUAAAUAAGAAUUCGAGCAAAUUCAGUGACCACAGUGAAGUCUGAGCCCAAUGUGUUACAGCUCCUCUCUUCUCUCUGAGAACCCCCCAGGAUCAACCAAGUCAUGGCAUUUUUACGUGAUGUUUUGUUAUUGUUGUUAUUGAACUCCUGCAGGCAACACAUUUAUACCAAAUGUAAUAAAUAGAUUCUGUAACUGA